GGGACCACGGGCGGGACAGGGUUCGCUCGCUUACAAGAAGCCGGAAGUAGGCCGAACGAUCACAAACAUUUUAGCUUCGUUUUAGAUCACAGUACUGACAAAAACAGAAAUAUUAGUCUGACAGUUCAAAAUGGGAACAACGGCAAGUCAGUUGCCAAAGGAGUCGCUUUCAGAAUACCAGGAGCUGACCUUUCUGACAAAACAGGAAAUUCUCCUUGCGCACAGGAGAUUCACAGAACUACUAGAGGGCGAUGAAAGAAACCACCCAAACCCCAGAGUAUCAAUGGACGUCAUCCUUACUCUAACAGAGCUGAAGUCUAACCCUUUCAAGAAAAGAAUCUGCCAAGUAUUCUCCACAUCUGAAAAUAGAGAUGGAAGCCUGACGUUCGAAGAUUUCCUGGAUCUUUUGAGUGCCUUCAGUGACUCUGCCACUCUUGAAAUCAAAUCCCAUUAUGCUUUCCGUAUAUUUGACUUUGAUGACGAUGGAACUCUUGAUUAUGGUGAUCUGGAGAAGUUGGUGAACUGCUUGACCGGUGAGACAGAGGACACAAGACUGAGCAGUGAAGAAAUGAGACAGCUCAUAAGCAACAUCCUUGACGAGUCUGACAUUGAUAAGGAUGGGACAGUGAACUUAUCUGAGUUUCAGCAUGUCAUUUCAAGAUCUCCAGACUUUGUCAGCUCUUUCAAGAUUGUGUUGUGAAGACUAUGCAGUGGAAAUGUAUCCUGUCUUUAAUUUUCAUUUCAUUGUUUCAUUUUAAGCAAAACCAAUUUUUGUCACUUUCCUUAAAUUAUAUUUACAUUUGACUUUUUUUUUUUUAACACUUUAACAGUUUUAUGAAUGAAAAAAAUUGUAUCCCUUUUGUUUGUUGCUUUUCCUGAAUAAAAUGUUUUAAACUG